AUGUCGCCAUGGCGACCCGAGACGGGCCACGCCCACCAGCCUGACGGGGACGUGGUAGGGGACCCUGGGAUCGCAGAGGAGCCGGGAGCUGUGGAGUUGCGGAGCCAGGCCCUGGCCUGGGGACCAGGACGGGCUGGGGAGGGGCGGGGCCCGGCCUGGGGACCAGGAGGGGCGGGGCCUGGAGGGGCUGGGGCGGGGCGGGGCCCGGCCUGGGGACCAGGAGGGGCGGGGCCUGGAGGGACUGGGGAGGGGCGGGGCCCGGCCUGGGGGCGGGGCCUGCGGGGAGCUGGGUGGGCGCCCGUCCGGCCCCGCCCGGCCCACGGGCCCGCGUCCUGCAGGAGCCGCAGGCCGGCGUCCGCCCGCAGUCGGGAGCGGCGCGGACAGACGGACGGACGGUUCCACGCGCCAGCCAUGUGGAAGCUGAGCCGGAGCCGGGUGCUUCUGGACGAGCCCCCCGAGGAGGAGGACAGCCUGCAGGGUCCGCUGCCCACGACCGCCGCCGCCCCGGCGCAGGGUCAGGGAGCAAGUUUCCGAGGCUGGAAAGAAGUAACUUCUCUGUUUAACAAAGACGAUGAACAACAUCUGCUUGAGAGAUGCAAAUCUCCAAAGUCCAAAGUAGCUAACUUACGAUUGAAAGAAGAGUUGAAAUUGGAGAAGAAAUCUGGAUUUUGGGACAGUUUGGUUUUAAAACAGAACAGCCAGUCUAAAAAAGCAGAUGAGAUAGAAGGUUGGGAGCCUCCAAGAUUUGGUCCUGAAGACGUGGCAGCUGAUGUUGGUGAUGCUCUGAGUGAUUGUGCACCCUGGUCAGGAUGGGAGGAUGACACCAAGGGCUCCACCAAGUACACCAGUCUGGCCAGCUCGACCAGCAGCUCUCGCUGGAGCCUCCGGUCAGCAGGGAAACUGGUGAACAUCCGGCGACACAGCAAAGGCCACCUAACGGACACCCACGAGGAGCUACUUAUUCAUCCGUCCAUCCACCCAUCUCAUCUGUUACUCAUCUUUCUGUCCAUCUACCCAUCCCUGCGUCCUGUCUACUCAUCUUCCUGUCCAUCCACCCAUCUCUCCGUGCAUCCACCUGCCUUUUUCAAAGUUAAGUUCACUUCCUGAGCCUUGGGGUGGGGGACAAGCUUUAACUGUUCAAAUAAAACUUUGUUAGAAUCUUGAAAUUAUGAAAUUGCAGAGAUUUUCUUUGCUUCAUAAUGCAGAAGAAAGUUUAUAGUUUUUAGUAAAGUUGCUGAGUUAAAAAAUACACAUCCUCAGGUAAGCGUUAGUGCAAGGGCUGCAGCCUGUGUCUUCCUAGAGGAAGUGAUGGUGCAGAAGUCUCACAGCAGGAGUGGGUGCUGUCUCUGGCUGGUACCAUCCAAAGCACUAGAAUGUAAAUACAACACUCAGGCUGGGGAUGGAAACUUAUAGCUGCUGUUCACUGUGCCUGUGCCGAGUGUGAGUCUGGUAACUGACAUCACUGAGAUGUAGUCAUGAUGCACUGGCGGAGGUCCUUGCACCACACACCACCCCCUCAGAAGGUAAAGACAGAGCCAGACUGCGGUUGGAAUGUGCACUGUAAGAUUGUUUUAUAUACCAAGAUUAAUGAAAGUAUGAUUUUUGUCUUGUAUUUGAUUAAAACUGUGAGUUUUAGUGUAAAUAUUUGUGUGCUUUGAGGAGCAAAUGUCUUGAAAGAAUACUUACCAAAGUGAGUUUGUCAUGUUCACGUGCAGUGAGCAGCCACAGCUGUAAUUCUGGGGCAAGUAGUGAGCAUACAGCUUCUGCAGCCUGUGCCCUGCCUGUUCUGAUUUUCACAGGGGAGUGACCUCAGGGAGGGUGGUUCCUUCUUAAAGCUGAGAAUUUGAAAAUAAAAGUACUGAUCUUGCAUGAUCAUUGGUGUCUGCAUACCAAGCCUUUACUUGAUCACUUAGCGCUAAUGGCACUUUCCUGACCUUGUAAACCUCAUUUUAAGAUGUAGAAAAUAUAUUUACAUUUCAUAAAUAAAUGAAGUUUCAACUGAGGUUGUCCAGAUGUCUUUGGCCUGUCUGAACUACUUCUUGAGCUGUCAGCACUGGCAUCAUGAGAAUGACUAGAUGCACAGGGUGCAGAUCUUCUGGUUGAACUGCCACUCCUUAGUGAGCAUGGUCUUUAUGCAGUUCUUUCCUUCAGCAUCAGCUGAAAAUCCCAUCAACAGUACACUUCUUAACCUAAUCAUAAUUUUAAGAUGGCCACCUCUUGACCUCGCCAAGGAAAGAUUAAUGCCUAUAGGAACUGGGCCCCUGUGCCAACCAGAAUGGCAGCAGUGGUGGCACACCGAGCUUGUCUCUUUGGGAAAUCACUAUCAAUCAGAUGCGUGGUGGGCUGGUCCUGAGCUUCAUGUGCAUGUAGGGACCACAGGAAGCGAUGUCUGUCCACAUUACUAAUGCAGAACUACAUGACUGGCCAGGUAUGGUGGUGCAAACAGCUAUAAUCCCUGCACACAGGAGGCUGGUGAAAGGGUUGUCAAUUUGAGGCCAUCCUGGGCUACACAGCAAGACCUUGUCUCAGAAAAAGAAGACAUGAUACAUGCCAUGUUUUGAGGGAAAAUGUGGUGUGGGAAUAUCAGAACCAGUCCACCUGCAGCUUUCACAGGCUGGGGUUCUCAGCAUCUGCAGAGCCUACUGCAAGGGCAGGGUGACCAUGUGGCCCAUGAACAGUGCCUAUCCGGUCCUGGUGCUCCACAAGUUCUGACAGCUGAUGUUAAACACAAGACAGGUUGAUAGGCCAGUAGCCCACAAUGACAGCUGACAGGAGGACAUGGGUUUUCCAGAGCUGUGCCCUGGAAGCCCAGGACUUUGCCUGGGACCACUCUCUCACCAAGUCUGGUGUCAGUAGCUUCCCAAGGUUCACAGUAGCCAUGCCCUGCUGCUGGCUCGUGACCUGCUGCUUGCUGGGA